UGCACCUUCUUCACACGAAAGGAGAUCCUCAGGUUGCAUGGCCGCUACCACGAACUGGCACCAAACAUGGUCCCCAUGGAUUACACCAAGAAUCCAGAUGUUAAACUCCCUCUGCAGCUGGUAGAAAACAUGCCGGAAUUAAAGGAAAAUCCCUUCAGGCAGAGAAUUGUCCAUUCUUUCGCAGAAGACCCAGAAGGAAAUCUGAGCUUUAAUGAUUUUGUCGACAUGUUUUCUGUACUUAGUGAAAUGGCUCCCCGAGAACUAAAAGCAAUUUAUGCCUUUAAGAUUUACGAUUUUAACACCGACAACUUCAUUUGCAAAUCCGACCUGGAGCAAACUCUGAACAAGUUGACCAAGGAAGAGCUGACCGAGGAGGAAGUUAGCCUGGUGUGCGAGAAGGUCAUCGAAGAAGCGGACAUGGACGGCGAUGGGAAGCUGGGGUUUUCAGACUUCGAGAACAUGAUUUCCAAAGCUCCAGAUUUUCUCAGGUAG